AGCUGGAGCCUGUGAGACACCUGCUGAGUCCUCUGCUGUUGGACUUCAUGGAAGCUGCAUGGCCGUCAUCUAUCAGCAUGGUCAUACCCAGAGGUCCCUGGAUGGAUAUAUUUGGUUUAGGAGAUGCUGCCAAACACAUAGGAACUCCACAAAGUAUCGCCAUCAGAAACCCAGACUGUGCAGUAGCCACACAUCUCAUUAACCUGGUGGGACCCAUCGCUGUAACUUCAGCCAACCCAACAGGCGAGGCAGACACAACUCACCAUAACCAAGUUUACGCCAAACUAGGAAAGAAGGUGGAAGGAGUGUUGUGUGAUGGACCUUCCCCAGAAAAUAUUGCCUCUACUGUUGUGGACUGCACAAAGAUUGAAACUGGACAAAUUGGUUUCUUUAGAGUGGGUCUCAUUCCUAAAUCUAGGGUCCUUGAGAUCUUCGAGGAGGUUCGGAAUCGGCACAGACAGGAGCACACAAAUCAUGCUUUUGAACACGAUCUGCCCCCACCAGAUACCCCAAGCGAGGAGAGUUCAGGAGUGGUGGACACAGCACCGACAGAGGAAGGAACUGAAGACUCAACAUCAUUCACAACCUCACCUGAACAAAGUUCAGAUGAGGAAAAUGAGUUAUAACAAAGUACACUGCUCAAAAAAAUAAAGGGAACACUACUGCUCAAAAAAAUAAAGGG